ACACACACACACACACACACACAGUCAGAUCUCAGUAAACAAGCAGCAAGAGAGCAGGACGUUAACGGGAGCUCACAGGAGCAGAGAUGGGUCUGGGGACGAGGUUGGAUGUGCCUGUGGGCGACCUCUCUCUGAUCAGAGGACUGUGGGAGGUUCGAGUGAGGAAGUACAGACAGAGACAGAAGAAGGAGCAGGAGAGGAUCGAGAAGAGCGCGCUGCCAAAGAUCGACCAGCAGUGGCAGUAUCGUAUCUACUGUAAGACACUAAAGAGCAAGGAACGCACCCUGCUGCAUCAGUACCUGGAGAGAUCUACUCUGUCACCUCAUUUACAGCCACACACAGAAUCAGGGCAGGAGGAUCACACAGACGAGCAGGAACAGAAAGAUCCAGAGCAGAACAAACUCAUCUUCCAGCUGGAUGGAGAUCAGUGGAUGGACUUCCCGAGGGAGCUGCAGUGGAUGACCUACCUGAAAGAGUGGCACGUCCAUGGGACAAAGAUCAGCCGGCUGCCUGACUACCUGCGUCUGUUCACUCAGCUCACCGUGCUCGAGAUCCCCAAAAACGCCAUUGCCGAGCUGCCACCUGCGAUCGGUAAACUGACCUGUCUGAAGGAAUUAAAUGUCAGCUACAACCGUCUGAGCAAAGUUCCACCAGAACUUGGAAACUGCGAGAACCUGACGAGACUCGAACUGACGGGAAACCUGAACCUGUCGGAGCUGCCGUUUGAGCUGAGCAGCCUGAAGCAGGUGGUUCACCUGGACAUCGCGGAGAACAAGUUCAUAUCGAUCCCCAUCUGCGCUCUGAGGAUGAGCAGCCUGCAGCUGUUGGACCUGAGCAACAACAGUCUGACCGACCUGCCGCAGGACAUGGACAGGUUGGAGCAGCUGGUCACCCUCUUAGUCCAUAAGAACCAGCUGACGUACCUCCCUCAUUGUCUCACCAACAUCUCCACGCUCAAGAUGAUCGUCGUCAGCGGCGACGAGCUCAACUGCAUCCCAACCAAACUGUGCAGAAACCCCGACAUCAAGUUUAUCCGACUGUACGACAGCCGAGUGAGUGAAGAGAAGAAGAAGAAAGAAGAGGAGGAGAAGAAGAAAGAGAAGAACAAGAGGAAGAGGUGGAGUCAGCAGAAAAAGGAGGAAGUGAAGAAGGACGGUGGAGAGAAGGAGUUCAUCGAGGCGUACAUCAACUCGCUGAAGGACAGAGACACCAUCCCUGAAGCCACCACCAAGGUGUCCAUCUCGUGCCUGCUGUGAGGAAGAGGAAGAAGAUGAAGCAGCACUAGAAAAGAUAAAAACACAGUGAAACAGUUAAACUCAUGGAUGUGUCAUGUUGUGCUCACACCAACCGAAUUUUUGUGUUUGAACACUAGAAUAUUUUCUGAUGACUCACUUCAUGCGCAAACUCAUGUCAUACGUGUGUGAAAUCACUAAAUUGAUGAAUGAACUUCCGCUGGUACUUCCUUGGCAUCAUACGUCCCCGGAGGAUCUCAAUGCUGAUUGGCUAUGGUGGCACAAAUUGGUUGGUGAAGUGUUUUUUCAGCUCUCGUAAUGAAGCGCUACUCACUUAAUUCAUGCAGCUUAAUUCGCAUAUUUUUCGUCAUUUGCGUUGCGUCCGACAUGUCCAUCGCAUCCAUCACGCUGCCCAGCAGGACUUAGCGUGUAGUCGUGUUUCUACAUUGACUUUAUUUUACUAAUUCACUUUCGCAAAUUGUUUUAUUUGCACCAGGCACACAAACGACAUUAUGUUUCGUUCACUACAAACACAAUGCGAAUUUUCACGUCACUUUAUUUGCACGAGUUUGAACUCUAGAAUGUUUUCUGUUGAUUCGCUUCAUAUACGUGUGAAAUCGAUGAAUGAACUUCCGCUGUCAUACGUCCCCGGAGGAUCUCAAUGCUGAUUGGCUAUCGUAGUUCAACUUUGCGAAUAAGCAUAUGACGCAAAAGUGCGCUGCUUGCUUAAUUUGCGCAGCUUAAGUCACGUAUACGUGUCAUUUGCGUUGCGUCCAUCGUGUCCAUCUCAUCCAUCGUGCCGCCCAGUGGGAAUAAGCAUCUAAUUGCAUCUUUUACACUGACUUAACAUGUAAUUCACUCGUGCAAAUUGGUUAUUCGCACCAAACACCAAAUACAAUGUGAAUUUUCACGUCAUGUUACUUGUAGCAGUUUGAACACCAGAAUAUUUUGCGUUGAUUCGCUUCAAUAUUAAAUUGCUGAAUCGAUGAAUGAACUUCCGCAGGUACGUUCUCGGCAUCAUACGUCUCCAGAGGAUCUCAAUGCUGAUUGGCUAUCGUGACACAAAAUCGCUCUACUUGCUUAAUUCGCACCGCUUAAUUCAGGAAUUUUGUGUCAUUCGCAUUUUUACGUUGACUUCAUACGAAAUCCACUUGUGCGAGUUGUUUUAUUUGUGCCCGGUGUGAACGCAACAUUAGAGGAAGUGGAAACUCAGAGAUGAGUUCAGAGCGCUAUGAUGUCUGAGUCAGGUGGUUUAAUGGAAGUUAAUUUAUUCCACAACAAUAGACAUUACAUGAUGACAGUGAACUCGUCACAGUACGUACGACUGAAGUCAGCAAGUCAGCAAGUCCAGAGGGUGGACAUUUGGAUUACGUUAGCAUGUUAGCACUUCCUGUUCUCUGUCUUGAAGUCAGUGUGUUUUUGGUUAGAUGUCUGAAAUAAGGUCUGUGUUGACAUCAGCUGAUGAGACUUUCAUGUCACGCCUACAGACAAACGUCAUCACUCUGUGGAGACAUCAUUUAAAGGCACUUAAUUAAAAAAAACAAAUCUCACACCUGCCACCGUCGGCUGUAAAAACAGUCCCUCGCUCUGAAAACAGAAACACAUCAUGAAAAUUCAAUUCACAUACUGUAAUUACCUCCUCCAAGGAGGUUAUGUUUUUUUAAGUAAAUGAUCACAAACGUUGCCAAACAUCGGAACUUCACAAAAAAAACUACUCACACAUUUUAAACAGAUUGUCUUGUGUGUGUAUGAACUCAACGUCCACACCGUUCGUUCUCCUAAGAAUUAGCUAGUCUCAUGUUCCAAAUGAAUCACAGAGAAAUGUUAAAUUACGUCGUAGUUAUGACAGUAUUAACCUCGCUAAAAUUAUCUGAGCAAAAAGAAAGUGGAGCGAUCAGAGGCUAACGCUAACGUUAAGUAAGCGGGCACUUUGGGUAAAGAGCUAAAAUUAUGUUGUAAUCGUUGGUGAACUUUAGUGACGUUUAAUGAGCUGUCCCAAAGCGCUAAUGUUGGUAAUGUUGAACAAGUGGAAUUUGAAGCAACAAGUGCGCUAGCUAACGUUAGACGGUGGAAAUAAUGUUGACAGCUAACGUUCAAAAGGUCCAGUUGUGAUGGCUAACGUUCGCUAAAUCAAACAACUAAACUGUGGCAGGCUCACUAACAGUCCCAAGCUUGACCCAUUAAAUAUUUUACACUACUAUAAGAGAUUCUUACCUGAAGGUGUGUGUGGGCUCAGGUGUGUGUGGGCUCAGGUGUGUUUCAUGUUAGCUGGGAGCUUUUUUUUUGCUUCCUCUUGACUGCGUCGUUGCAGACUCAGACCCAUAAAGAUGGAGGCAAAACACUGAAUUUCAUCAAAGUCAAGUCAAGUUACUGACGUGCCAAAUCAACACAAUGACAUUUUAAAUGUCUAAAAUCUUUAGAUAAACAAAAAGUAAAUAAAACAAACAAAAAAGAAAUAUAAAAAAUAAAUUACGAGCACUAAGUCAAAACAAAAAUUCUUGCACAUUUAUACUUUCAACAUAAAAGUACGUAUAAAUAUAAACACCAGUUUGUUCCCACUGUCUCAGUAUUUUGACUUCAUAAAUCAAAAUUUUGACUUUGGAUUUUUAUUUUUUCAUUUUUAAAUAUUGAAUUUAUUUUUCUUGCCUUGGCAGUGACGAACUUCCAUAUUUUUGACCUGUCUGAGUGACUGAAGGUUUUAUUUUUUUUAAACAACUGUAGUUUAUUUUAUGGAUUUAUUGAUUCCUGCUGACUGAGAAACUUUUAAAUUUUGUUUGAGCGCUGAAUUAAUUUUUGCUUUUCAAAAAUAACUUUUCAUUCCAAAAUCAGAUUUCCAACAAAUGAACAGUUUGAUGUAAAUUCAUUGAUGUUCACAGCUUCACUAUUAACCCUUUCACACCAUAUAUACACAUUAUUAACCCUGUCAUAUUGUAUAUUUACAUUAUAAACUCUGUUCACGAACAGAUUGCCAUAAUGUCUGUGCAGUGAGUAUCGUGAUUUAGUUUGAACGUUUUAUUUUAUUUAACUUUAUUUUCUCCUCAUAACACAUCAGUGAAAUAUUUGGGAUAAACUGGAUUUUACGGUUUAAGAUGAAAAUGUGACCAAACAGGAAACGACGCUGAAUGUCCAACAAAUAAAGGAGAAGUCAACAGGAAACACUUAUUUACAUGUUUUAACUGUGUGUUGCCUGAUUUCAUUCAGUUUAUUUAUUAUUUAUUAAACACGGUUUGUAAAUUUGUUUGAUUCUUUUUCAUUAGAUUUAUUUUCAAAAAUCAAAUUAUGGAUUUUAAUUAAUUUCAGCAAGAAAAAAGUGUAAAUAAGAAUUCUUACAAAAACAUUCAGUGAUUUUAUUCCCUUCAGAAAAAAAUGUUUAUACUUUUAUAUUUCUGUGUUGUGUAAGUGAUUUUCUGUUUGACGCUUUGAGACGUUUGUGUGUUUUUAUUCUGAUAGAUUUUUUAAAUUUUAAUAAAGUGUUUGUGA